CAUAGUGGUAGUAUCAGUCAGUCAACAUGGCGGCUUGUCCACCACUGGCGAAGUCACGAAUCGAUCUCCGUCCCCCCGCCGGUACGAAGCCACAAGUUCCGGCCUGGGCCCAAAAUGACCACGUCUUGAAGAACUGGAUCAAAGAGGAGAGGUUGCGACGGAGGACAUUCUUGGCUGACCAGGUUUUAGAGUCGUACGAACCGCGGCCCGACCCUGUUAAACCGAACAGGUUAUGGAGGGCGAUACGGCAACCGUUUUGGAAUCUGCUUUGGCCGCUCAACGAAGCCACGGGUUACAGGCUAUUCUACGGGAUCUUCAAGAUGAAACGUAUAUUUACUGUCAUAGUCCUACCCGCAUGGGUCGUGCAUUAUGUCGUCAAGUAUCACGUUGCUGCUGUCCCAGGGAGGAUUUGUUCGUCCAAGAGACCAGUUUAUCCGGGUGAUGAAGAGAAAGCAGAAAGCUAGAACAUCAUUGGUUUCCAUCUACUUUCUCCAGUUUUUGCAUGUUAGUUAUUUGGGGACCGUGAUGUUUGUGUAGAGAUCAAUCUUCCAAUUUAUGAAUAACAUAUCACACAGUUUGGAUUUCAUAAGGACUUUUUAAAAACAUGAUGGCAUUAUUGCUUUGUAGAUACCCUUGGUAUAUGUAAUACAUGUAAAAGUUGACCUCAGCUGUCCCAUCUUCCUUUUUGGUUAAUUGGAGUUGCUGGACACAAGAUGGAUGCUACUUGCAAUACACUGUAACCAGUAGGUUGUACCUUUUCACAGAAUGCAUGCAUUAGGUGCUGUUUACUUGAAGCCAUUUAGUGUCCUUAUGCACAUGUAACAAGUUCUCACACCUCCAUUGACAGCUGUUGUUUUCAUCAUCCAAGUUGAAAAAUCCAUCAGGAAAGCAGUUUCCUUGAAAAUAUCCGUGACAUCCAAAACUGUGUACAACCUGGUUAUGUACAUGUACAAUGUAACACGGGAUGCAUUUUCCCCCCAAGAAACUUUGUGAUAAAUGCAUGAAGAAGUCUAAUUUUGAUCCAAAUGGACAUUUAAGCUGUAUUGAAUUUUGAGAGAUUAUACAUGUAGAAAAUGUAAAAUACAAUGUAGUUGUGUCAUAAAAAACAAACCCGGGCAAGAAUUAUUUUGGCCUAUACUAUGAGUUCCAAGACUCAUCAGCAAAUUGUUUAAUAGUUUUCACUUGAGAAACAAGUGGGUGAAUUCAAUUUAGGCCGUGUUCUCAAGCAGUUACAUUUUACAUCCAAUUAAAAAAAAAUUCAAAUUUUUGAUCUAAACUAUUGCAAAGAAAUGGUUUACUUGAAUAUUUAAGUUUUAGUCAUGAUUGUGUGGAGUUCUCGUUUGGUGAGAUUAAAAUAAUUUAGUUCAGAAA